UUUUUUUUUUUUUUAAAUCCUUUUACGCGUGUCUCCAUAUUGGCUAAUGAUAAGUAACUUUUUCAAGAUCCUUUUUCUUUUUUCUUGUUUGGAACAAUGGUGCCCUUUUCUUCAAGUACUCUUUUCUUCUUGAUUGGAUAAUCUCUCAUUGCGGUGAUGUUAUCUUCAAGUUUGUUUUUUUUUGGUUGGACUCUCUCCCGUUAUGAUGGUCUAUUCUUCAAGUUACUAUUGGUUUACUAUUGGUUUGCUUGCGGUUUACUGUUAGUUUACUUGUGGUUUACUAUUAGUUUACUUGUGGUUUACUAUUAGGUUACUUUUGGUUUACUUUUCUUGGUUGAUCUCUUUCUUUUUUUCUUUUCGAAAUCUCCUUCCCGUUGCGAUGAUGUUUUCUUCAAGGUCCUUUUUUCUUCUUCUCUCGGUUGGACUCUCUAUUAUUGUCGUGGUCUUCAAGAUCUCCUUUUUCCUCCGUUGGACGAACUCUCUCAUUGUGAUGGUGUUUGCUUGUUGCCUGGACACUCUCCCUCACUAUGGUGGUAUUUUCUUCAAGAUUCUUUAUUCUUUGUUAGUUUCUCUUUCCCUUUAUGGUGAUUUUUUUUUCAAGAUCUUUUUUUUUUUUCCUGGUUGGACUCUGUUUAUGGUGGUUAUUGCUUCCUGAACCCUUUUUUCCCUUGGUUACAUACAGUCUCUCCCAUUAUGGUGGUAUCUCCUUCAAGUUCUCUCUUUCCUCUUGGUUGGCCCUACUCUCGUCCCUUUCUGUCAUCUAUCUCCCAUUGUUAUCAUUUUUUUUUUUUUUUUUUUUU